GUGCACAGUGCAGUGCAAGUUGUUGCAACGAGUAGGUGGUGUAUUGGAAAUCUAAUUUUUGAUGGAUCUCUGAUCGGUAUAUUGUAAAAAUUAAAAGACUUGGUAUUUGGGUUGUGCAGGAGUUGGAUGAUAGCAGUUGUAACAUAGGUGGAUUUUUCCUGUGGCGUUAAUCGAUGAUGUCAGACUUAGGAUAUUCCAAUGUUCACAUUGAUCACGGCGAGGCACCAAACGGCACGGAAACAGACGAUACAUUUGAACAGGACUUGAAGAACAUGUUGCGAGAUGGACCAAACCUGACUGACAGUUCGUCAACAGUGCAGGGUGGCGCGAUCCAAUCACCCAGUGGUCAGUUUACUGGUAUUGACCUAACUAGCCCUCCUAGAACUACUAUCCCUAUCACACCUCCCACAGUUGUCCCCAGCGACGCUGCCGCCAGUCGUUUAGCCAAUCUACAGGGUGGUACAGAAGACAAUGGCAGUUUCCAAACACAACAUUCAACAAGUGGAAAUGUAUAUGGUGGUAGCACCCAUGAGGGUUAUAGCGCUGGAGGCAUGAGCACUGGGCAUGGAGCUAUGACUACUGGUCCAGGAGGCACAGGAAGUCAGCGAUUCUUAGAAAAUUCCAAAUCCAAAAUAGAUGCCAUAAAGACGUGGAGCGUAUCCACAUAUAAGUGUACUCGGCAGAUGAUUUCUGAGAAAUUAGGUCGUGGGUCCCGAACGGUGGAUCUACAGUUGGAAGCGCAGAUAGAAGUCCUUCGUGACACUCAGAGGAAAUAUGCGAAUAUACUUAGAUUGUCCCGGGCAUUGACGAAUCACUUCUAUCAAGUAGUGCAAACGCAGCGGGCGUUAGGUGAAGCAUUCACAGAUCUGGCUGUCAAGUCACCAGAACUACAAGAUGAGUUCACCUACAAUUCGGAAACUCAAAGAAGCCUAUGCAAGAAUGGAGAAACGUUGCUAGGUGCUUUGAAUUUCUUCACCUCCAAUGUGAAUACUCUCUGUCACAAGACAAUGGAGGAUACUCUACUGACAGUGAGACAGUAUGAAACUGCCAGGGUUGAAUAUGAUGCCUAUAGGACAGACAUGGAGUCCCUGCAGCUUGGUCCAAGAGAUGGUGGCACUGCAACUAAAUUAGAAGAAGCCAAGACCAAACAUAAUUUACACAAAGAAAAGUUUGAUAAGUUGAGAGCUGAUGUUGCGAUUAAACUGAAAUUUCUAGAAGAGAAUAAGGUGAAAGUGAUGCAUAAACAACUACUGUUGUUCCACAAUGCAAUAUCUGCUUACUUCUCCGGUAACCAGGAUGCCUUGGACGCCACACUCAAGCAAUUCAGUAUUAAACUGAAGACCCCAUCAGAGACUGUACCUUCAUUCUUGGAGACUGAUCAACAACAUUGAAGUUUUACUUUGUAUUAGUUAACCUUUUCUGUCUGUAAAUGUUGCAAUUGUUAGAAUGAUAAAAUUCUUUUUCAUCUUUAUCUAAACUUGAAUUUUGAUCAUUUGUCUAAAUUAUUAGAGGUUGAUGACAAUCACUCAAUAAGCAUGUUCCUGUUCUUUUUGGGUUAUUUAUUACCCAGUUAAGGGGACAUUAAUCUCUUUAUUUUGUCAAUAAAUUCUGCCUAUCUAUGCCUCAUAAGGUAAUCCUGUUUAAUGUGUAAACAGAAAUAAGGCCCUCCCUGCUACAUACUGUAAAAUGACUAAUUUUCACUGGGUUUACCGUAAAUUUCACUGAUUUACCAUUUCAGGCAUAUUCAGUGGGUUUUAAAUUCACAGUUUUAUCAUUUAGAUAAUGUGUUCUAUGCUGAAUUUUACAUAUUCGCUGGGUUUUAAUUUAGCACAUUUUCCAAUCAGCGAAAUAAGCUAAAUUAAAACCCAGUGAAUAAUUAACCCUUUUACAGUAGAUGGUAUCGUGUGCAAAUACUUCACUGUCUCAACACUUCCAGAUAACACUGAUACGUUUAGUCUCCAGUUUUGUUGUUCUCUUUAGUGUGCACGUAUGAGCAAGCAAAUUUAACUGCCUCAUUAAAGUUGCAGACGAGCACUACAUUUUUGAACUGUAAACAUUCAAUUAAGGUUUAGGUCUAAUAACAUCUUGAAUUCACCAGUGAAAGAGUACUUUCGUCAUUCUACCAGAAAGCAACAUUGGUCUACUGCCCUCUGUCCAUGUAGGACUAUUCAAACAACCCUUAUUUUAAUAGGCUGACUCCUUUACUCAUUUGAUAUUCUAGUUACUUUAAAUCUGUAAUUUAUUGAAAAAAAAAAUAACAAUCAUAUUAUUGAAAUCCACAUCUUCCAGUUGAAUGGAGGAAACAUUUUUAGCUUUUUCUUUUUUGACAAGAUAUCUUCAUCUACUGGUAGUUUAUUUAUAUAAAAAAAGUACUUUGAUUGAAGGUUGUCCAGUUUCUUUUUAUAAGUAAUCAUCUACAAGCAAAACCAGGAAUAUAAAUUGUACUGUGACACUAUAUUGCAAGAAGUGUGGUGUAGAAGCAUGAUCUGAAAAUUGUUGAUACAACAGUUAUUCAUUCAAUUGUAACUUAGUGAGUGGGGAAUCGCUCACAAGCAGGGAUGCCCAGUGAAAAUAACAAAGUAAAGCACCACACUGUGUGCAGACCAGUCAGUAUCAAGGUUUUUAUACUGUUAUCUACGGUGAGGAGACACACAUAAAAAUUAUGCACACUCAUGCUGUUCUUUUAUUUCUUUUGUUAUUAUCACUGCGAAUCAUCGCCCUAAAGUGGUUUCCCCCACUUGAUGCACACCAACAACAUAAUGGCUAUAAUGUCCGUAUUCAGGAUUUUCAAGAAAACCAACUUUCCAUAGUUUAGACAUUAAUUUUCAACACGCAUUAUUGUCAUUCACAUGCUUCUCAUCAUCUAUGAAAAACAAAUUUGACAGCCUUUACAUCAAGUGCUUUUUCUUUACUUUUUUUUUAGCGCUUAUUUCUCUACUUCUUUUUUUUUUUUUGUUGUUGAGAAAUUGGUGUUUUGAGAGCUUUCAUUGUAUUUAAGAUUGGGAUCUUUAUCAAUUUUUACUGCAUACAAUUUAAGUAAUAAGUAAAGUAAAAUGAUGUUGUUGAAUGUGUAAAUAAUUAAUGAAUAACGCAAACAGGAUGAAUAUGCGAUUUUUGAAAAUUGUAACUUGGUGUGGUUUGUAAUCACUAUUUUUUUCUAAAAAUACUAUGUUCUUGUACUGUAGAUAUUACCUUUUCUGUGUGCCGUGACUUUGUGCUAUGAUAGUCUGUAGAGUAGACAUCUUAAUAUGUGUCAAUAACAAAAAUAGAUAUUAAACCUAUCAAGGGCAAACAAUAUUUUUGUUGCUCUCAUGUUACUUUUUGAAGAGUUGGGGAAAUUUUCAAGAUGUAUAUUUGCAUGGCUCUGAAUCAGCCCUAGUGGAGAGGUUAUAGUGUUGGUAUGUAUGUUGUGUUACUGUGCCCACUCUCUGAGACUGUUGGGCAUCCAAUUUAACAAUUUAUAUUGGAAGACUGUUCUCAGCAACAGUGACACACCAUACAACCAACAUGUAGACCUAUAAAUCAAUAAUAACUAUAUUUAAGGUCAUCGAGUCUAGAAAACAACAUACAGUGAUAAUCUCUUCUAUCCUGUUUAUAUACCGGUACAUGUGCCUACUACUUGUACACAUUGGUGUGGGUACUGUAUUAUAGACAUAUAGUAUUGCACGCUGAAGUACCGAGUACUACUAAUUGUAAUACCAUAUUUACUCUAUUAGUAGCAACGGUCAAAAUAUUUUAAUGAUUUAGUAUACAGCCAGCAUGAUUUUGGGUUUUGUGCUUCUAAUGUUCUAUUGGAGUUGUGCUUCUAAUAGAGAAAAUACAGUAGUAAUCUGUGUCUACAAUAUGACACUGAUUUGUGUUCCACAAAAACCACAUGCUAUCUAUUCUGGUGUGCAUGCCUGCAUAAAGUGUUAUUGUAUUGUAUUCUAUUAUAAGUCGUGUAUCUGGUAUUAUUAACCAUUUCUUAGAGUAAAUAUUCAGAAUAUAAGCAGAAUUGCAGCGACUCGCUCAUAAACAAAUGAAGGGUUGGAUGUCCUGCUCUGAUGUUAACAAUUACAACAAUCUAAGGGCAACGUCAAAAGAUUGAUGUAGAAUAAAAAAACUUGAUUCCUUAAUUUUUCUUCGGCACCUGAUCUGAACAUGUUUUGCCAAACCAUGUUUAUCAUAAACAGAUUCUAUGAUUGAUUUAUAAUUCUGUCAUUGAUUGAGUGUCAAAUAUUAAAAUAAACAAUGUUAAUAACUUUAAAGCUUGGAUAUCAAAAAUUCAUCACAAAUUUAUGAUGAAUGAGGACGCAUUAAAAAGUAAAACAGAUUUUGUCGGAUAGACUUGUUUCAGGCCCAUAGCAGUUCCUUUCCCAUACUAAUGGAAUUAAGUUUUUUUCCCCACUACAUAAUGUUUUGACGUUUUCCCAAAAAAUUGUUAUUAUAGGUUUAUAUCUACCCUUGAUUCUACUUGUCCCUCUUUUAGAUAUUUGAUGGUAAUAGAUCAAUUUCAAUAUUUUCUGCUAUGCUGAUAAGGUAUGCACAAUGUAUAAAGCAAUAUUUAUUCUAUCAUACAUGUGAAAAUCUAAAAAUGUGACGCAGGCUAGAACAGGUACUGUUUUUUUUUAAAUGGCCCUGCAUGAAACGGGCAUGUGAAAAUGAAACUGAACAUUUAAUUGUUCUGUGUAUGUAAAUAUAAACAUAAACGAGUAAUACAUUAUUUGUCUUUCCAAAUUAAUAAUGUACUAUGUUUCAAGUAUUUUGUGCAUGAUGUGUUGACAUGCAUGCUGCUGGUUUAACUGUAGUCAAACUUUUAUGCUGUAUGUCUUAAAUAUAGGGGGAGAAGCGUGCAGAUCACUCGUAUGUAGCAUUAAAAGAAAUGAUCGCAAAA